GGGACCUGUUACUUUUGUUUUGAGUGGAAAGUGUUACUAUUAUAGAGUUACAACCGGCUCAACUGAUCCUUUUUAUUUAUUGUGGGAUUUUAUUUUUACAGUCUAUGGAUAAUCCUGAUGUGUUCCCGCUACAAGUUGUUUCCCCCCCACAGAAUUUACUUAGUUCGCAUGCAUGUUGGUUUGAAGUUGAGCUAACGUUAACGGUUUUCUUUGUUUUAAAAAAUCACAACGGUUUGAAUCGUUAGUCAAACAGAACUCGUGUGACAUGGAAUUAUUUCAGAAAGUGGAAAAGAUUGGAGAAGGGACGUACGGGGUGGUGUACAAGGCAAAGAACAAAGUCACGGGAGAGACUGUUGCCCUCAAGAAAAUCAGACUAGACACGGAAACAGAGGGAGUACCAAGCACUGCCAUCAGAGAGAUAUCGCUCCUCAAAGAGCUCAGCCACCCAAAUAUUGUCAAGCUCUGUGAUGUCAUCCACACAGAGAACAAACUGUACCUGGUUUUUGAGUUCCUUCAUCAGGACCUUAAGAAGUUCAUGGACUCCUCGGUCUCUGGUAUCUCUCUGCCACUUGUCAAGAGUUACCUGUUCCAGCUGCUGCAGGGCCUGGCUUUCUGUCACUCCCACAGGGUUCUCCAUCGGGACCUGAAGCCCCAGAACCUGCUCAUUAACGCCCAGGGGGAGAUCAAGCUGGCUGACUUCGGCCUGGCUAGGGCCUUUGGGGUGCCUGUCCGCACCUACACUCAUGAGGUGGUAACGCUAUGGUACCGAGCUCCAGAAAUUCUUUUGGGCUGCAAAUACUACUCCACAGCGGUUGACAUCUGGAGUUUGGGCUGUAUCUUUGCUGAAAUGAUCACCAGGAGGGCCUUGUUUCCAGGCGACUCAGAGAUCGAUCAGCUGUUCCGGAUCUUCCGUACCCUGGGCACACCGGACGAGGUGGCCUGGCCAGGGGUCACUUCUAUGCCUGACUACAAGCCCUCCUUCCCUAAGUGGGCCCGACAGGAGCUGUCCAAAGUGGUUCCCCCACUGGACGAGGACGGGAGAGAGCUGCUCAGGCUAAUGCUGAGCUAUGACCCAAACAAGAGGAUAUCUGCCAAAAAUGCCCUCGUCCAUCGGUUUUUCCGCGAUGUCACCAUGCCAAUGCCACACCUACGACUGUGACAUGCAGACUGACAGGAACAAUACAUAGCCCAGGGUCUUUCCAUGAGAGAUACCUGAGCAGAAGGACUGCCCCAGCUCUUAUCCACACCUGAAUACUACAGUCCAGGAGAUGGGAGAGAUCACAGUGAAAUAUGGAUGCCUUUCCAAAAAUCAUUCUAGCAGCCAAAAACCAGCAUUUGUAUAAAUUGGAUGUCCUGUGAGUUUUUUUUCUCUACAGCUAUGAGUGCCUGUUAUGUCAUGGAGAAUGAACUCUACAGUUGUUUCAGCAUUUUAUGUGUAUUGAAAGGGUUAACUUGGUUUGUGUACAUUUUAGUCAUUUAGCAGAUGCAAGCUCUUAAUUUGUUCAUUGCAUAAUUUAUGAUAAGAAGUUGAUUAAAUUCGUUUGAGCUUUA